AUGCCCCUGAUGCGAUGCUCGCCUAGUCCAACGAAUAGGACAGCAAAGGGUCACCGGGACCGAAAACAUCAAAAAAGACCAGCGCCUGGGUUGCUCCUACCACAGCAACUCUCCGUAGAGCCGAUUGUCUGGCCAGCCGAACUGACAAGGCAAAGACACAAAAUUGAGCGACACAAGAUCUCCAGCGGCCCGGCAUCAAUAUUCGAUCUCACACAUCUGUUCCGACUCCCGCUCGACAUCCGUCAUUACGUAUACAACUCUCAUACUGCAAGAUGCUGGAAAGCGCCAGCACAUAUUCUGUCCGUCAGUCGCCCGGAGAGGCAUUCCGAGCGAGCUGCAUCUCCGAUAUUUGCACAGCAGAGCCUGUGGAGAACCAAGCACCAGCAGUUAUACCGCGAGGUUGCCCAUUUCCUCUACGGCCAGACCACCUUUACCUUCGCCAGCUUCGGAGAACUGGAAACAUUUCUCGACUGGAUCAACCCAGAAACGGCCUUUUCGAUCCGGUCCGUUGCCUUGAUCGCACACAUGUUGCCCGAGGGGACCGAGCAUUGCAAGGAGCUGAUCAAGGGCCACUACUUUCGCGGCACAGGCUGGGACCACGUCGCCCUGUUCCAGCGCAUGCCCAACCUCGUAACGCUGGACAUCCGCUUCUUCCCCAGUGUCAUGCUCUCGUUCACCACCAAGUUUGCCGAAAUCAUGGAACCGCUCCGGGACCUGCCCGCGCACACGGAGAUCAGGGUCGCGCUGCCGAGGAUGUACUACAACAAGGACAGGACCGGCAGGGGUUUACCGUUCGUCCGUGAUCUUGCCCACGGCCGCCCAUCGUUUUAUUUAUUGACCAGGGCGGUGGCUUCGGUGGAGCAGGCGACGUCGGGCUGUGAGGCGUAUGCGAGGUUCUUUGUGUAA